AUGGGUGAUUUCCCCGGGUUGGUCGAGGCGGGAGCUGCGCCGGAUGCGUCCCAACCUUUGCUGCUGGACCUGGACCAUCAUGACCUGGCGACCCCUGCAACCCCUGCGACCCCUGCAAAUGACUCCUCUGCGGAUCUUCAGCGUCAAAAGACUCAGCAGAAACGCUCCUCCCUCCCCGCCCGUCCUCAUGGUGCCGCUCGCCACGCCAAACGCUUAACCCUCAACUUUCCCAUCAACAUCCCCCCAAACGCCUUCGAAUCCGGCGCCUCGACUCCGGCUUCCAUGACGCCCAUCACGCGGCCCUCCGCCCUUCAGUCCCCCGCCGCUCUUCCCCUCGAUCCUCCCCUGCAGUUCGCCGAUGACCAGGACGACGGCUCGGGUCUUUUGACGGCCAUCGCGUCGCAGGAACGGCGAGUGCUGGAGCUCCGCGAGGAGCUGUCCCGCGCCGAGACCGAGCUCGACUCAUUGAAGAAACAAUGGGCGGUGUCCGAGAAGACCAAGAAACGGACGGAGAUCAAUCAACGGGCCGAGCCCUUGAUUCCUCUGCGAUCCCCGGAUCGCCCCGGUCCCGUCGUCGAUGAAACCGCCCGCCACUACAGAGACAGCAGCGUCGGCAGCUCCGAGAGCCCGUCGUCCGCGGCCCAUCAUCCGCGAUUCAGCCGGGAGCUGGGACGCAGGCAGAGUAUGCGCGCCGCGGCGGCGAAGGGAACCACCGUCUCUACCAACGGGCGACGAGUCUUCCAGGGUUCUCACACCCGGGCGUUGUCGUUGCUCUCGCCGGUCCCCGGCACCUCGACUUUCAAGCAGGAAGUGGAAGAGAGCGUGGCUCGUGUGGGCCGGCCUCCGCGAUCUGCGACUCUGCCGUCCGUGGAGCGCAGUCCUAUGGCGGUUGCCAAUCUCAAAAAACCGGACGAUCAGCUGGCGGAGUGGAAGACGAUGCCGCCGCCGUCGCGCGAGGCGCUUGUGCGCACGGGCAAGCAAAUGGCCUCGGAUCUGAGAGAGGGUCUCUGGACCUUCCUCGAGGAUAUCCGUCAGGCCACGGUCGGAGAGGAGGGAAUUAAUGCGACCGAGUCGAGGGCGAUGGCGCCGCCCCGCCCGCGGGAUUCGAGCUCGGCGUCUCGCAGCAGAGAUCGGUUGUCGGUGCAGGGAAGCAAGGCAUCGCGGUCUCCGUCGUCCUCGUCGUCGGGGGCCAAAACUUCUGGUAAAGACUCUAAAUCGGCGGACAUAGAUUCGUCGUUCUGGAGUGAAUUCGGCAUUGAUCCAACUGGGCAGAAGUCCCCGAACGCUCGCGCAGCCUCCGGCACCAACACCCGCGGAGCCGACGAAUCCAACAACCUCGAAGUUGACGACAAUUGGGGUAACGAUGACUGGGACACGCCGCAGCCGAAGAAAAUGCACACCCCGUCCUCGAGUCGCUCCACGCUAGAAUCGAAACAUGACCAGUCCCCGAUGACCCAGGGCAGUAGCCCUCGCACGAGUGCCAGCUUCGGCGAAUGGCGUCCGAUCCACGAUUCUUCCAUUCUCGACCCCAGCGUGGCCGACGGCAUCCCCUGGCCCGCCAUCGCCAAGGGGCCCUCUUCGAAACUAACCCGAACCGCAUCGAACCUGAUGGCGGAAUGGGAACGCAGUCUAUCCGGGCCCAACUCUCCGACUCUUGAUAAAGACGACAAGACCGAUUAA